AUGUUUGGAGGAAAUAAAUGAAAUGAAAAUGGGUGGGUUACUAUCGCAUCUAUGACAGACUGAGAGUCUUGUUCAACAGUUUGAAAAUAUAAUAUCAAAUAUUACUUCAAUUUAGAAUAAACAAGUGUUUAACGGUCAGUUUCGUUGGUGGUUGAGUGAACGCCAACCAUUUCACGAACAUAACUAUUCUUUUAUUUAUAACUAUUUUAUAUAAUUUUUUCUGAUGACGAAUUUCAAAAUAUUCGUCAUAAAUAUUGUUUACCAAAAGCCGGUAAAACAUUUCAAAACAAUACCUUAAAGUGUGCAGUUCAUUCACCAGUUUUAAGUUUAAAAAAAUAUAUAUUUAAAAAAAAAACUUUUAAAAAAUAUACCACGCUGUAUUAAUAUUUUGGGUUUUUUGUAAUAAAAAAUAAAUGUUGUUUUCAUAAAGUGGGCUACAAACAACUACUAGUACUAGUAAGAGUAGAGUACUUGCUAAAAAUGUGUCAAUAUAUUUAACAAUGAACAAGUGUUAAUUUUUAAAUUAUGAAAAAAAAAAUACUAAAAUAAAUAUUAAGUUUGUUUUUAUUUUUAUUAUGGUUGUUUCAAGUCAAGCUUUUAAAAUACAAAAAGAAAAGUUCUAGUACCGUAAAUUUCAAAACUCAUGACGUUGCUCUAGUUUAAGCUCAUGUUUGCUACUCAAAGCAUGUCGAAAAAAUUCUCCAUACUGCUGGCAGUUUCUAUUACCAUUCUGUUGCUGUUGGUAGUUGUGGUGAUUGUAGUCACCGGGAGUUCAUGUGCCGCUCUAAGAAAUUGCGAUUCAUUUAAGCCCGUUUGUGCCACAAAUAAAUAUGAACAUCAAUUCUUUUAUAGCCAGUGUGAUAUGGUACGAGAAAAUUGCAUGACCGGAACAAACUGGAAACGUGAUCAUUUUUCACAUUGCAAUGUAAAUAGCUAAAUUAUGUUAAAUGCUACCACAAAUAACCUUUUUCGCAAUUAGUAUUAUAUUUAAAAAAUACAUAUUUAUAAAUACAUAAUAGAACUUUGUAUAUAAUUUUAGUUUAAAUUAGUUUUAAAUAUACUACCAAACAAAUGCCUUUAUUAUUAAUAUGCCAAAUAAGCAAAGUCAAUUGUAUUCUAAAUAAACUAAAAUAUAA